CUUGUGCGUUUGGAAAGACAGAGCUUGUUAAAGGGUGAAUGUGACUUGCUCUGAGCAUCAAUAUUUAGCCUGAAACUUUGAAUUGACAUCCAGACAGACAGGUCAAGAGAAUAAUAUAUUGGUUAGUUGGUUUUACUGGGUAGAAUGUGGAAAAGUGCAUUCAGGUUUGUUGUGCUUUUGGGAAUGCAGGGAAUGUACACAACCAUUGAGGAAACUCUCUAUUUUGUGCUCACAGAAAUGUCUAAUUCCACUCCUAUAUGCACCCACCCAUCAUUUGAGGAAAUGACGGUUGUCAAUUGUGAGAUACGUACAGUGAAUAAUUGGACAUGUAAAAUUUCGUAUCGAUUCGACAACAAUGAAACACACACAGGAUGUGACUCCAGAGUCACCAUGCACAUAGAGAAGGAAGGAACAUUUUUACACUUCACACGUCCAACAGCAUCUGAUGAAGGGAACUACAAAUGUCAGUGUGUCUUUCAGGGAGGAACAAAUAUCACAAACAUCAAUGUUUCUUACAACGAAUCUCAUGCGUCUAUGACUGAAGAAGGCCCCUACCCUAAUGUGAUGAUGAUGAUGGGAGGCUUGGCAGUGACCAUGGUUGCUGUUGUCUUUGUUGGAGUAACUCUAAAGAAAAUACAUCUCUGGAGACUUCACCAGAAAAACUGUGUCCCUUCCAAAGAGUUUCAAGUAAAACAUUGUCUUUAUGAGCUCAAGAGGUGAAGGAUAUUGAGCCGUACAGCACAUUCAUAGAGACAACCAAUGGGCUGUACUCAACUGUCCAACUGGACUUUCCCUGUGCUGAUGAUGACUGACUGAUACAAGAUACACAAUGGUCACAACUCUUUUAGACUCAUAGCAUAGUCCGCUUCACUGGCUUGGGACACACCAUUUUCAGGAGAAUGGGAAAGACUACAGUACAUUCUUGUGACUCUUACCAAAUUACUCCAGUAUCAAUACUGUCCACCAGAUGUUAGUGUAAUACUUUUUACAUUAAAAAAAUAUAUAUAUAUACAAAAAAGACAUACAAAUUGAAUAUAUUGAAAGUGCAGCAGAAAGUCAAAGAUCAGAACGGCAUAGUUAAAGUGUCAAGGAACAACCUGUAUGUUCCUGGCACAUAGAUUAUGGUGUGGCCUCUCCUGCUACUGUAGCUGUGUGAGUUGAGUUACAGAAUCACUUCCUUCUUUCAGAUGGGAAUUGAUAUAUACAAAACGUUGUAUUGCCAGUAACAUUACUUCUUUGGCUGUCUUCCAAUUUCAUUACAUAUUGAACACUGAAGUUAUCCCUUACUUCUCAGCGUGAGAAAUACUUGUAAGAUGUUGUGUGAGAGCGUGAGAAAUUGGUGAAAUGCGUGAGUCUCACGGCGAAUGCGUGAGACUUGAGAGCCCUGUCAUAUGUAUGUAUUAUCCAUGUAGAAUUGCAGAGGUCAGGAUCUAGCCUCCAAACACAUUGUGGAAUAUAAACGACACAAUACUGUAUUCGUGUACCUUCCAAAAUGUUUAGAAAAUUUGACAAAAUAAUUAAAAACGAACUUUCCAAACAAAUUGGCUUUCUAAU